CCUCUUAAGUAGGUGCCUUUAUAAAUACUCAUUCACUUGCACUUGCCCAAUGCCAUCAAAUUAAAAUUGUUGUGUACUUUGUGUGAUUAAUUGUUUGUCAAUUUAGUUCCAUAAGACCAGUGGUAGCCUACACUUUACUCUUCAAGAUGAAGCUUGGCGUGAUGACUUUGCUAAUUGUUUUACUUGUUCUGUUUUCUUCUUUCCUUCAACAAGCCGUGGCCUAUGACGACCCAAGUUCAUGCGAUUCAAAGUGCGCAGUGAGGUGUGAAAAAGCAGGAAUAGCAAAACGUUGCUUAACCUAUUGUGGAAUAUGCUGCAAUAAGUGCAAAUGUGUGCCUUCCGGGAACUAUGGAAACAAGUCGGAGUGUCCUUGUUAUAGAGACAUGCUCAACUCAAAAUGCAAACCAAAGUGCCCUUGAACUUGAAUGCUCCACUGGUGUUAUUUCUACUCAAUGUUCAUCCCUAUUUAAUUUCCAUUUUGAUAUGCAUAUCCCAACCAGUUAAUAAUGUACUCUAGUGUUUUCAUAUUCUUUUAUUUUCUGAAAAUUAAGUAAUAUUCAAAUAUAUCAAGCACCACUUGAUCCU